UUAAUAGCUGUCUUCAGUACAUCGCUAAGUCGGUAUGGUGAAAGAACGCUGAGUUGCGCGCUGUUUUUUUCCGACGAAAUAAUAUAGUGGAAACUAAACUAAAUAUUAAUUAAACAAUUCUGAAGUUAUUCAUUGCAACACAAACCAACAUGGACUUCGAUGGCACACAGUCGUUGAGCAGCAUUUUACAGCCGGAGGAGCUGCAACUUGUGCCAGAGAACAUUCAAGGAAAAUUGACGGCGUUCAUUGAAAAAUUUUCAGAUGAAUAUUGCAAGGAGCGAGCUGCUGCAAAUCGCCUAACUGAAACAGAACAAAAGAAUGAAGAACUGAAAAGCCAACUACUCGAUAACCAGGUGAAGUUUACUAACUUUGAGCAAAAUGUUGCUGAGUUGCGCAACCAGCUGGAUCAAGUGUCUGCGGAGCGUGAUCAGCUGCAGGAAUCGGUUAAGAACUACGAUCAAAACUUGUCCACAUUGCGCAAGGAGAAGGUGUCCUUUGUCGAUGAGCGUGACUCCCUGCUGAAGGUGAUCGAACGACAGAAUGGCGAACUGGAACGCUUGAAGCAGGAUCUGCAGACUUAUCAGCAGCAGCUAAGGGCUGCCAUCACAGCCAAGUGUGAGGCUAUCGCGCGUUUGGAUGAGGUGCAGAGCAAAGAGGUAUCGCUGGACAUCAAAGAGCGCCGCUUGGAAAGUGAGCGUGCCAUGUUGCAGAAUGAGAUUCAAGUGCUCAGUAGCGAUCUAAAUCGCAAUAAUGCCGAGUUGCAGAAUCUGCGACGUGAUCAUUCAAUGAACACCAUGCAUCUGGAAGUGCGGCUUAAGGAGAAGUGUGACGAGCUGCAAAUACUCCAGGGCCAAAAUGCACAGUACUCGAAAACCAUUGAAGAUAUGAACAAGAAAAUUGAGGAUCUCAAUGAGACAAUGUUCCAGCACAAUAUGGCAACCGAAAAGUUUGUGGACACACUGAAGAAGGAACUCGACACGAAAGAGAAGCUGGUGGAGAUCUAUAAGAGCACGGAAUGUGAGAACAUUACAGAGCGCAACGAGUUGCUCAAGGGCAUCUCGGAUCUUAAGCGCAUGUUGACCGAUACCACGGAUCAGUACGGUGAGCUAGAGACAGAGUUCCAGCUCGCAAAACAAAGUCAUGCCGAAGAGCUGAAUGCCAAGAAUUCGACUAUUGAGUCACUGAAGACGGAGAUUGCGCAUGCCAACGAUCUGCUGAAGGAGGCACAGGAGCAGAGCUUGGAGAGCGCCAUUUGCAAGCUAGCGCCAACGGCUGCCGUUGCCAGUCGUCUGAUGCGUUCUAACAUGUCGCUCACCGAGCUGUACUCGCUGUAUGCCAAGAACUCGGAAGAGCUGGAAGGAAAGAAUCGGGAGAAUGCACAGCUAAAGUUGCAGAUCAAAUCUAUUGUAGAUGAGAUCAAUGAGCGUGCACCUGUCUUCAAGAAACAGGACGACGACUACAGCAAACUGACCGAGGAGCAUCAACUGCUGCUGCAGCAACGGGACGAGCUGGUGGACAAAAAGCUAGCACUCGAACAGGAGCUCGAGCAGACACAGUUCGAUGUCACACGCCACGUUAAGGAGAACAAAAAACUGAAGCAAUCGCAAGUUGAUUUAAGCCGCCAAGUUUGCCUGCUGCUGGAUGAGCUUAAUUGUCUGCGUGCUGGCGUGAAUCGGUCUCGCAGUCAAACACAACAAGGAACCGUGCAUAACUCCAGCGAUGCUAUCAGCCGAGAUUUGGUUACAUUCGAGUCCAUUGUCGAGUUACAGGGCCAGAAUGUCAAACUGCUUACACUAAUCCGCGAAUUAACCACGGAACUGGAGGCCAAUGAGCAGAAGAAUGAUGAACUCCAGUUGAAGGCGUACGCGGAGAAGUUCGAGAGGGCCACCAAGCGUCUGAUCGAAAUGGAGGAGGCUCUCAACCAGAAGAAUAGCACAAUUUCCACCUUGAUGGCCAAGUGUGAGCGUUACAAGAAGUUCUAUUUUGAUGCCCAGAAGAAGCUGGGCAGUCAGAUCAUCGAUCUAGACGACUCUACCGUACUUAUUGAUGAGUCCCAAGCGGAGCAAUCAAAGAUAGUGGAGAAGACACAAAAGCUGGAAGCAGAAGCUAAGCUGGAACGCCGUAUACGUAGCUUGGAGCAGCAGCUGGAGGAUGAGACGAAGAAGUACGCAGCUCUCAAGGAGAACUACGACUACUAUACCAGCGAAAAGCGCAAGAAUGAUGCACUCGUCCAGGAGCAAUUCGAUUCGAUGCGCAAAGAAGUCCGGGAGCUAACUUCCGUCAACUGCAAGCUAAUGAAUGCCUCCGAGUUCCAAAAGGAACAAAUGGACCUGCUGCAAAAGGGCAUCGCUACUUAUAAGCAACAAAUAGCGGCUUUAGAGGAUCGCACCAAGAACUAUGAGAAGACGAUCAUUAAACACGAGCAGACUGUACACAUGCUCAAGGACGAGGUAAUGACGGCACAUCGCAAGCAGGUCGCAUCCGAGACAGAGACACACAGCUUGCGACACGAGAAUCGCGUGCUCAAAGAGACAACUGCUCGUCUGCAGGCCGAAAAGGAAGGCUUCAACCGUGAGCAUCAGAGUCAAGCUUUGCUGCUCAACAAUUUGGAGUUCAUCAAGGCUAAUUUGGAACGUUCAGAGACAGAGGGCCGCCUGCGUCUCGAGCAGCGGCUCGAUGAUACAGUACGCGAGCUAUCCGCUCAGCGUCGUCACUUCCAAGAGGAGGAGGAGAAGUUCCGCGAAACGGUGAACGAAUUUAAGCGGCAAACGGAAACAGCCAACAAGCUGAAGGAGGAAGAGCGUCUGCAGGCUGAGAAGUGGCAUCAGGAACUCAUUGGGGUUCGCGAGGAGCUCGCAGCGAAGGUCAACCAGGUAAAUGACCUGAGCAAGAAGCUGCAGGAAAGCCUCACUCCAUCCAAGGAUGAAAAUCCAAUCACAGCAGCGAACAAGAAGGCCCGUGAAUUCGAGCUGCGCUACGAACAGGCCAGAAUCGAAAUAGAGUCCCUCUCCAAGGAGUUGGUCAAGGCUCGUGAGCACGGCGACCAGUUCUACAAGAUGUCCCAAUCCGCAGAGACCGAAAUCAAACGACUGCAUGACAUGCACGCCGAGAUCUUAGCCAAGUCCGAAGCGGAAAUUAAGAAAUUGAAGAAUUCUGAGGCUGAGUUACAGACGCGCGUCACCGAUCUGGAGGCCGAAGUACUGCUCUCCAAUGUCACCGAACAGAGCAAGUCGACCAAUCAAUCGGAUCAGCUGAAGACCACUCAGGAGGAGCUCAAGACUGUGCUGGAGAAGUUGACCGAUUCGGGUCGCGCUAUUCGUACCCUGCGCGCAGAGAAUUCUACGUUGGCCGAAUCCCUGAAUUCCGUCGAAGUAAAGUAUGCAAAUGAGAUGAUUCUGCACUCGGCUGAUAUACAGGAGCUAACCAAGUUCAAGGCUGACUUCUUAAAGGUGCAAGAUGAACUCAAUCAACUGAAGUGUGGACAGGAGAUCCUGCAAGCGGCCCAUGAUGAGCUGAAAAAGGCAAACUCCGAGGCUCAGGGUCUACUGCAGAAAGAGAAAGAUGAGUCAGAGAAACGUGUAGCUGAUUUGAACGCGCUCAAUUCCAGUCUGCACGAUCAGAUUGAGGCACUGACCACAAAGCUAGCCGCGCUUGCCAAAUCGGCGACCAAUCAAAACGCAGCCCUCAACCUCAACGAUUCGCUGCUUGACAGCUCUUCCACCUUGGAUCUGAAUAGCUCGUCAGCUAUAGAUGAUGUGAAGAACAGUGAGCAGCUUUUGAAGAUUAUUAAAUUCUUGCGCAAGGAGAAAGAUCUGUACGCGGCCAAGUUGGAUAUUCUAAAAGCAGAGAAUGCACGCCUCGUCUCGGAGCACACGAUUCUGCAGAAGAAGGUGGACGAGCUGAAUGGUUAUCUUAAACAGGAGCGCUCCAAGAGCGAAACCGAUGUUGUCUCAGCUUCCAAGCACGAGGCGGUGCUGCGCAAAAUAGAAACACUCAAUGCCAUCACCGACAGCAAUCGCAUUCUGCGCGAGGAACGCAACACGUUGACCAAGCGGGUGAGCGAGCUGACGGAGCGCAUUAGCAGUGUAGAGAAAGACUUGUUCCCGCUGCAGUGCAGCAACAAGGAACUAACGUCCAAGAUUGAGGAACUAAACGUGGAGAACAACUCGCUGCGCACCGAGGCCAUCAAGUGGCGUCAACGUGCCAAUGCUCUGGUUGAGAAGAGCAACAGAAACCCGGAGGAAUUCAAGCGCUUGCAAGGAGAACGCGAGCAUCUAGCCAAGCUGCUGACUGCCGAAAAGGACGCCAGCAAAAAACAGGCUGAUGAACUGGCUGCUCUCAAGACACGCUUGGACAACGAGCUGCCAGCCUUGAACAAGCUUUUACAGCUGCAGGAUGAGGCACGAAAGAAGCAAAUGGAGGAGGCCACUGCGCUCAAGCAGGCGAACACGCGGAACUCGCAGGACAUAAUGGACCUAAAGAAUCGUCUGCUGCAGAAGGAGGAGGAGCUACUAAAGGCGCAGGAGGAACUCGAGUCCAAGGACAAGGUCAUACAGGACAAGGACAGCAAGGAACUAAUGCUGCGCAAACUGGCAAAGCGCUACAAGGAUUACUAUACGGGCCUGCAGGCACAGACUGGCGGCAACGAUACCGUUGCCGAGCUGGAGAAGGUGCGAUCCGAGCUGGACGAACUAAACAAUACCAUGCGUAGCACCAAGGAGCAGCAUGAGCAGCUACAGAAGGAGUACGAUGAUCUCAAGUCUCGCUCCAGCGUAGAUCAGGACAGCGGUGAGGCCAAGCAGAAGAUCGAGCACCUGCUGCAGGAGCUGACUGUAACCAAGACCGAGUUGGCUAACCAGGAAACAACGCUGGCCGGCACCAAGACCAGCUACGACGAGACUGUGCAGCGUCUAGAGAAGGAGCUGCAGGAGCACAUUGCCAGCAACAAGGAUAUCAACGCGCGUCUCACACGCGAAAAUGAAUCCCUACACAUGAGAAUCAAUCAGCUGCAGCGCCAGCUGGGCUCCCAGCAGUCUACAAAACCAUCCACCAGCUCUGUGGGCAUGGUUGAGAAGGGCAACAUCUCCGAAUCCUCACCACGUACAGCUAACGUGAAGCCAAUGUCCGGAUCCGCCACCGUUCAGCAAUCAGCUACGGUCACUCCCUGGCGUGGUGGUGAGACGCCUCUGGCCAGUAUUCGACCCAUUUCGGUGCAGAACAGUCGCACGGCUGCCAUACUGCCCACCAGUCAGCAACCAGGCGCCUCCACCUCCACUUCAACAUCGACGUCCACUUCAUCAGCUGCCGCUGCUUCGGGUAGCAGCAGCAGCAGCUCUUCUGCAGUGGGCAACACGGCUUUAGUGCCGCCACAGCAACAGGUUCAUACCACAGGAAGCGCCACCUUGGAAUCCAUGGCCUCGUCGUCACCCACAUCAUCGCAUACAGAUUACAUGCCCUCGACCAGUUCGGCAGCUGUGGCCGUUGCGGCCAUUCCGCCUAUGGGAGCGACUGCUGCGGCAGAGAGCUCUCAGGAGGCAGAAAGCGUGCAGCAUCCGCAACAGAAUGAUGCACAGCUCUUUGCUGGCGGGGCACAGCAGCAGGUAGUGGCACUCGUCUCACCACGUGUGGAGGGCUCAUCAUCGUCAUCUUCUAGCAGCACAACGACAUCGACUUCCACACAGAAUCCAACUGUUCCUAGCGUUCAGGAGGCGAGCAUUCAACAACAGCCGAGUACAUCAGGCAGCAGCAGCAGCUCAUCCACUGUAGUGAGCAGCCAUAGUCGCCACACGCCGUCCAGUAGCAAUGUGACCACCACACAGGCAGGUUGCUCUAAGCGACCACGUGAUGUGGAGGGCGACUCCUCCACCAAUGCUGAGGAAGGUGUGCCCGAAAAGGUUGUGAAGCUGGCAAAGCGCCUGCGGACACCAAUGCACAGCGGUGAGCUGUCUGCCGGGCAUAUUGGCGAUUCUGGCAUGGAUGUGGACCAAAUGCCCACUUCGUCGCAGCGUGACCAAGAGGAUGAUAUUCAGGUCGUAGACUCUGAUGAUGAGGAGGAAGAUGUGCUGGGGCCCAUCGAUGGCGGAGAUGCGGAGCAGGAAGAGGGCUACGAGGACUCCUACGAACAGGACAACGAAAUGGAGGAUAAUGAAGGCGCCGAGGCACCCGAUCAGCACAACGAAGUUGAUAUUGAACAGGUGCAGAUGCAGGCUCAGGUCGAAGGACAAUUGCUCGAGGACUCGCCUGCCACCGUCUCCACACAAGAGAAUAAUCAAAGCCAGGCUAUAACUAGCGGCAGCGGCGAAUCAAAUACCCUCCAAUUGCCACAGGCCGAGGCCAACUGGAAGCAGCAAGCACCCUCCACAUCCACGGCAGCAGCACGACGCACUGAGAGCUCCGUUGAGAUUGUCAGCUCCCCGCAGGUAUCAAACUUUAGUGAGCAGACCGCAUGCGUGGAAGCGGAGGUUGACGGUACAGCUGUGGCAGAAGCUGCAGCAGCAGCAGCAGAUGAGAGCGCUGGCACGAGUGUCGAUUGCACUGCCGCCCGCGCCAACUCCCCACAGAAACCAAAUGAGGUCGCCGAGCAGAGCAGCAGCAGUCAGGCUGCCGAGGCCAAAGACAAGUCAGACGAAAGCGAGACAACAGGCGCGGAGAACGCAAGCGAAGCAGAUGAAGCCUUUGCCGAAGAGACAGCACCUGGACUGGCAGAGGAGUCCCAGCAGCUAAGCAAUGAGAAUCCCAAUGUGGGCACCAGUCAGUCUGUUGAGACAGACAACCUGGAUAACCAGGCCGAAGGACCCUCAGAGGAUAACGAGGGCGCAGAUGGCGUUUCAUCAGAGGGCGAAAAACAGGCUGUUGAAGUUGAGGAGGAGGGCCGCGAAGCUGAAGCUACUUCUCCGUCGGAGAACACACGUUUUCGUACUCUGCGCAGCACAGUGCCCACGCGACGUGGCGGUCGCUCCCUGAUGCGUGGCACUAAUUCCAACAAUAACAACAACAACAAUGCUAAUAGACCGGCACGUAUUGUCUGGCAGCGAGAUUCGCCGAGCAACAUGCGUGGUGGGCAUCCGGGUAACCAGGAUCCAAACAUGCCUAGCGGAUCACCCAACUCUAAUCGUAUGUUUGCCAACCGUUCCCGUGGCCGCCGGCCCAUGCGACGUCCCGGACCAAACAACUUCAAUGCCGGGGGUGGCCCCAGUGGAUAUCCUUGAGACGAGAGCGAAGAGUCUGGCACAGGCUGACUUUAAUCCAUACUGGUAGUUCAUAAGGCUCUAGGCAUUUAAAUUUACAUACAUAUACAUAUAAUUAAGCCCUCAACUGAAAAUAUAUAAUACAAAUAUUAAAUGCUCAUCAUUAUAACAAAACAAAUCAUGAAUAAUGUACCAAAGAGAAAGAAUUUCCUCUUUUUCUGGCAGUGUAACUAUCCAGAUUGCCGCACGAACAACUACUUGUUGAAUGCUUGUUUUUCCAUUGGCAUUUUGGAACUUUGAAAAUGUUUUAAUAUAUGUAUGGAUUGGGACAGAUUUGCCGGCAAGUAAUUUAGUUUUCCUUUAGAAAAUAGCAAUUCAGA